CUGUGAAGGAAGUUGCAUCGCCAUAACAACACAACUUGAACACAAAAAAGAACAUGAAGAGAAGAAAGAGAAUGAUCAUCUUGUCGGAGGACUUUGAAAGGCUUGUUCUACGCGCUGGACGUGUCAUCGAAAGGGCUCUAUCUAAGAAUGUCGACAUCUACAUAGAUUACAUUGGAGGUGUUGGUGAUUAUGAAGAGUCAAACGAUGAGAGGACACAUGCUAGGUUGUCAUUGAAUCGAGCUUUCUACGAAGACCGAUGGUCUAAGAAUCGAUGCAUCACUUCAAUGGAUUAGUCACCACAUUUUCCUGAACUGGUUGUUGCUUUGUAUCACAAUAAUGAGGUUUGCAUUUGUAUUGUAUACUACGAUUCUACCUAAAACCCAUUACAAAA